AUGGAUCUAAUUGUGUUUCUUGCUCUUACUUUGUGCAUAACAUGUUGCAAUGUUGAGGCUAGAAACAAGACUUUAAUAAAUGGAGAAACUAAUGUCACUCUAUUUGGUAGUCCCAUGAUGCAGCGUCAAGUGAAGAAUGAUUUUAUUUGUGUGGAUAUCUACAAGCAACCUACUCUACAACACCCUUCACUAAAAAAUCACAAAGUUCAGCUUUACCCAACCUUUGCAAAGAAUGAUAUGCAAAGGAGACCAUCUUUUGGUAAGACUAUGGAUGUAUGCUCACCGGGAAAAGUGCCUAUUUACAACAAGACACCAAUUAUUACAAAUUCAUCUUCAAGGUUACAAACAGAUCAUUUUAAGCAAUAUUCUAAAAAUUCUCAUGGCUACCAUACAGUAACUCUUGAUACAACUCAAAACAUGAUAUUUCGUGGAGCAUCGGCGGGUAUAGGUGGAUAUAAUCUAUCGCUUCAAGCAAAUCAAUUCAGUUUAUCUUCUAUAUGGCUAGAAAGUGGACCCUCAGUAGAACUUAAUAGUAUAAAAGCCGGAAUCGGAGUUCAUCCAAAUUUAUAUGGAGACAGCCAAGUACGAUUGACGGGUCAGUGGACGGCAGAUGGUUUCAAAAAAACAGGAUGUUACAAUAUUCUGUGCUCGGGUUUUGUGCAAGUUAAUCGUGACAAAGAGUAUGCUCUUGGAACUGUCCUUCAUCCGGCUGGUUCAAUUGGAUCAAUAAAAAAAUCAAUUGGUCUUAUCAAAAUUAAACAGGAUCAAUCUACUGGUCAUUGGUGGUUAAUUAUUCAAAAAGAAUUAAUAUAUACAGGAUAUUGGCCAAGAGAAUUAUUCACUCAUUUACAAAAAGGAGCAUCUCUAAUAAAAUUUGGAGGUCAAACAUAUGCCCCGCCUAAUAAGGAUAGUCCUCCAAUGGGUAGUGGGAGACUACCUAAAGAAAAUUUCAAAAACUCGGGAUUCAUGGGAUUACUAGAGAUUAUUGAUUCAGAAUAUAAUGAACAUGACAUUAAACCCGAAAAUAUGAAGAUUUAUACAAAUAGCAAAUCAGAGUGUUAUGACUUGAAAUAUCAUGGUUAUGAAGGACCUUUUUAUCGACAAUCUUUUCUUUAUGGUGGGCCAGGCGGACAAAAUUGUGAUAUAUGA